CCAACAGUGAGCACGAACAACAAGGGACAUCAAUCGGAGCAACAUAAAAAUAUAGCACGAAAUCAAAAUCAUUGAUUCGUUCUGUACUUUGUGAAAGCUGCCAUGGAAAUUUGAAGGGAUAUAACACACUAAAUGUCUGAUUUGGACAUUCAUCCAACAUCAUUUUAAAAAACUGAACAAGAUGGGAUAACAAGAUAACAAGAUGGGAUAUCAGGCGAGUAGGUUCCUUAUUUUAAACAUUUUGCCUCUACUUGUGUGUGUGGAACUAAUCACCGCCUCAUUCAUCCUGCCCUUAACACCUACGGAAACUUCUGACCAUUCACCUGCAGAUCAGGACAAAUGCAGGAAUUUUCACCAAAGACGUUCAUGUCAAUAUCGCUGUUGUUUUCCUCCACAAACCCACAGAGACCAGUACUUCUACUGCAACUGUGAUGACCUCUGCGUUAAAUAUGGCGACUGUUGCCAUGACUACGAAACAAUAGGAUGCAACCCUGACUACAACAGCACUCGCGAUAUCAUUACCAAGACAACAUCAUGUAAGAUGAUAUCAAAGGCAUUGGGUGUGUAUGUUGAAUCUGUAUGUCCAGAGAAAAAUUUAGUGAACAAUUCUACAAUUCAAUCAUGCGAAAACCCAGGUGAUGAUAUCCUGGAUAUUACACCAGUGAUGGACAAUCAGAAUGGUCUGCACUAUGCAAAUAUAUACUGUGCGAUGUGUAAUGGAAUCCAAAAUGUCACAUUUUGGCAAUCGAAAGUCUACUGCACGGAAAAUGGGGGCAAUGUUUCAUGUGACAAUCUCAAAGAAUCAAUCAACAAGAACUUGCUAUGGGACAUAGUGACGACAAACUCUCACUGCUCUGUCAAUUUCACUUUAAAUGAUCAGGAUUACGACCAACAUGCACCACCGAGACCAUGUUUCAAGCCAGCUAAGAACUAUCUGGAAGCCUGCGACAUUCACCCGUUAGUGAAAUUAGCUGAUGAUUGUAGGAAUGUCAUUUAUGAGCCAGUCUUUGCUAAUAUAUCAAACGAAGCUGUAAUGUUACCAAACCUCAUAUGUGCAUUAUGUCUGAGCACAGAAGAAACUGGCCCUGAGUGUGUCCAUCUUCUUGACAAGGAUGUUGUUGGUGAUAGCCUAAAUGUUAUUUUCUCAUAUGAACUAGAAAUCACAUUAGAAAAGCCAGAUGAAGUGGUCUACCAACACAAACAAAUAACAAAGGGUGCCCAAAGAUUUGAUGCAUUCGCUGAGGUUUGUCCGAUUGGUGGAGAUGGAUGCCAGGUUGUCUCAUGCCCCACAUACUACAUAAAACAUGGCGACAGAUGCAUCUUUAAUGAAGAUGUUGUAGAAUUGAGUAUAUCUUUGACCACUGGACUGCUGAAUGAUCAAAUCUUAGGCGGCCACUCGACAGUAGAACUAGACAUGCAACCAUUCACUGUUGUUGCUCUGAAUAACUUAUUUAAGGAUAUCCCAGUAUUUGGACAACCAAAAAGUGGUAUGAGUUCCGGUUGCUCCUUAAUACCCUCAGAAAACAGACCAGAAGAAAAGGCUUGCAAGUAUUUUUUCACCAUUGAUGUGAAGGUAAUGAAGGCACUAAACAACUCGCAGAAGGCCCUUUUGAUGGAUGCCUACGCAAAGCAACUGCAAAGAUCUAUGGAGGCCAUCUCAUGGGGAUAUUUCACACUUAACUACACCGUGAAACGCAAGAUCAUGCCCUCCAAAAGUUUGGUUCUCAAUGUACCAUCAGGAACUAAUAUUUCUGAAUCAUUUGAAGUACAGAUCACCACAGUGAGUGGACCAAACCAGAUGAAUGAACCGAGAAACAAAAUCUGGAGAAUGAUAAAUGGAACAGUGGGAGAUGCAGUGAAACUGGUAAAUGAUACAAGAAAUAAAAUUGCCAUUUCUAACAGCAGCAAAACAUCAGGUGUUUUCAGGUUGAUUCUUGGGAUGUUUGUUUUCUUUCUAAUUAUAUCUGAAUUUGGCGACUAAUGGAAUUCAGAUAAAUUAAUCAAAAUGACUUGUCACUAUUUUGUCUAGAAGCAGUUUUCUAUUAAUGUUCGAUUUAUCGCCACAGCAAACAAUAAACAACAGUGCAUUACCCUAGUAACCAUUUCGAGCCAUUAAAUAGGGUUGUAGUUGUAGGUGGAAGCUAGCUCUAAAUAACUAAUUACAUGACAGCUAUAAAAACUUGAUAGUGAUAUCUAACAGAGCGGUUGAAAGCAUAUGAAGAUCAGAACUCUGAAACUGAAACUGCAAAGGGAAAAACACUACACUUUCACAAAGACUACGAGCUCUACUUAAAUAAUGCUAGGAUAAAUCUUAACAAGCCAUUUCACCAACAAAUGCCAAUUGCUAUAGACACCAAUUGCCAUUUGUUACAAAUGCCAACCACCGAACAACAGUCACCAAACACCAUCCACCAACAACAUGUUUGAGACAUAUGAAAUACAUUGAACAUUCCACUUACACUCAAUCGUGUAAAGAGGGACAUCAGUAUAGAGUCUCACUUUUAAACAAUGUAUGAUUUUUAUGAUUGUAAACGAAAGUUUAAGCGAGACCAUAAGAAUGAAUUAUCUCAGUUACUUGAAAAUGAAUAUGGCUUACAUACAGGGUGUAUAUGUAACUGAUGUGAUUUUUCACAAUUUGACAAUUUUAAGACUAACAAACUCUUUAGGGAACAUUUCAAAAUUUCAAUGUAGGAUUACUAACUGUAUUUGAACAGCUAAUCUGUGAUUCCCCUCCCUCCCCCUCAUAACUGUAUCUGAGAAAUGUUAAAAUGCAUCAAUGCAUUAAGUCAUCUAUCUAUCUAAGAUAAUUUGUAAUACAGUCAAUUUUCUAUAAUUAUUCCAAUCUGUAUUUUUGUACAGUAUGAGCCUAAUAUUAUCUAUUGUAAUGUGUCUCACUGUAGAAUCCUGAGUUUAUAUCCAACAAAAUUUGCUGAAACAAAUUUCCCGGGAACGAUGUCGGAAAGCUAUAUUUUAAGGCUAAUGACCCCCUACCCUCAUGACUGUUAAUAACAGUAACUUUCCAGCAUUCAUCUUUUGAAAUGCUCCCUUAGAUGCCUCAACUUGAUAAAUUAAAGUUCCGAUUUCAUUUAACCUAAAAAACUUUGAAUCUUUCUGCAUUUAUCUUAGCCAUUUCAUCCAAAGCUUGAGGUAAAAUUGGAAAGCCGACAUUACGACUGAGACCAUUCAAGGUUUUUUCCAAAAGUUUUGAUUUCAUGACAUGUCAGUGUUUAAAUAUUUGAGUAAUCUUGUCUGAAACAUAUUUAUAAAAAGUGUUCAGAUAAGACAGGUUAGUUUUUCAAAUACUAUGUACAGUA